GGACGACUACUAAACUAAACCACAAGACAAAAAGGUAAAAGAAAAAACAGGAGGAAAAAAACGGCAGUGAUGCUCCGCUACGCCGUCGCCGCCGCGGCCCUCCUCGUCGUCGCGGCCGUCUCUGCCGACGGCGCCUCCACGUUCUACUCCUCGGAUCCGAACCUCGGAUCCGCCCGCGUCGUCUUCCAGACAAAUCAUGGUGAUAUUGAGUUUGGCUUAUUUCCUCAUGUUGCACCUAAGACUGUCGAACACAUUUUCAAACUUGUUCGGCUUGGAUGCUACAACACAAACCACUUCUUCCGGGUUGACAAGGGUUUUGUUGCACAAGUUGCUGCUGUUGUAGGAGGUAGAACCGCUCCUAUGAAUGAGGAGCAGCAAAAAGAAGCAGAGAAAUCGAUUGUCGGUGAAUUUAGUAGUGUCAAGCAUGUGAGGGGAAUUCUCUCCAUGGGAAGGUACUCUGAUCCAGACAGCGCCUCCUCUUCCUUUUCUAUCCUUCUUGGCGACGCUCCACACCUUGAUGGCCAGUAUGCUAUAUUUGGGAGGGUUACUAAAGGUGAUGAUACACUGAGAAAACUAGAGAGGCUUCCAACUCGUAGAGAAGGCAUUUUCGUAAUGCCUAUUGAGCGCAUCGAGAUUCUGUCAACAUACUAUUAUGAUAUUGACGUAGAGAGCUGUGAAGCAGAAAAAUCCAUUCUUAGGAGGAGACUUUCUGAAUCAGCAUCAGAAGUUGAGCGAUGGAGAAGAAAAUGCUUCGCCUGAUGCUCAAGUUACCUUUGGGCCUGAUGGCCUAGGCAGAGUAUGGACGGUACGGAAAGGGAACCCUUGAAUGUGUAUGUUGUGCGCCGUUAUACUAGCAAAGUGUUACAUGAGUUGAUGCUAUAGCUGUAAUGCUGAGGCAGUUCAAUAGAAAUGUGAGUAGAUACUCUGGAUCUUGUUUAGUACACUAUGGAUUAUUCUUUACCGGUUGCAAUAGAGUUUCAAUUCAUGUUUU